UUGGCACAACUGCUAGUUGUGACAGGACUUCUUUCAGAACAGCUAUUCUCUCUCAGUCUUGCUAUGCCCACACAAACAUAGGUUUUCAGAGAUAUAAAUAUUUUUGCUAAACUAAGAGAAGAGGAAUUUGCAUAGAUGAACAGCUUCAUAUUACUAGAAGCAGACUGAAAAAAACUUGGGUGAAGUCUUAUUUGGUGAAUUAAACUGACAAGAAUGAACAAAAUAGAGCAACAGAAAGGACCUUCUACACUUGAGUCACAAGAAAAAAAGAAAUCCAUAAGACCAGAACCCUUUAGUCAUGAUGAUGAGCACCUCAGAAUUGUACUGGUUGGGAAGACUGGAGUUGGAAAAAGUGCUGUUGGGAAUACCAUAUUGGGGUUUAAGGAGUUUAAAUCAACAGCCUGUAGUAAAUCAGUAACAUCUAAGUGUGAAAAGAAAAAAACUAAUGUUGAUGGCACCAACGUGGCUGUAAUUGACACCCCAGGGUUGUUUGACACAGAGCUUCGCGAUUCAAUAAAAGAAGAAAUUGUAAAAUGUGUUCAAAAGUCUUCUCCAGGACCUCAUGCAUUUUUGAUGGUGAUUCAGGUUGGAAGAUUCACUGAAGAAGAAAAGAAAACUGUCGACCAACUUGUGGAAAUGUUUGGAAAGGAGUGUUUGGAAUAUGUCAUAGUGCUGUUCACCCAUGCGGACGACCUAGAUGAGGACAUCACUAUUAAAGAGUAUAUUGAGUCAUCAGAAAAGAUCUCAAGGACUUGGUUGAAAUGUGGUCACAGAUAUCAUGCCUUCAAUAAUAAAGACAUUAAUAACCGUGAGCAGGUCGAAAAACUCUUGAGGAAAAUAAAGAAAAUGGUGGAAAAGAAUGAUGGUACCCAUUAUACUCAUGCUAUGUACCAAGAGGCAGAGCGGCUUAUCAAGCAGAAAGAGAUGGAGAUAAAGAGAGAAGCUGAAGAGCAAAAGAAGAAGGAAGAAGAAGCACUCAAGAAGAGGGAGCAA